GAAAGUAUUCUUUACUUGACAAUAAUGGCGUUCAAAGUUGGUGUGGUUUUAGUUUUGUGUGCCCUUGUGGCCUACGUCCAAGGUGCCGUCACUGGACGCAUAGUUGGUGGUGAUGAAGCCCUACCUGCCCAGUUCCCAUACCAAAUUUCCCUGCGUAUGUUGGGCUCCCACGUUUGCGGUGGAUCCAUCAUUUCUGAGAAAUUCAUCUUGACCGCUGCCCAUUGUGUCGUCAAUGAAGAUUUUGAAGCAUACCCUGCUGAAUACUUCUCCAUCCGGGCUGGAUCCAAUGACCGCCGCUUUGGUGGUGUCGUCGUUAGAGUCCAAGCUGUUACCGUUCAUGAGAAUUACGACGGUGAUGUUACCUCCGAUGUUGCUGUCCUGGAACUUGUCAAACCAUUGGUUUAUUCAACAAAAAUCCAACCCAUCGAAUUGGAAUCACACAAAGUUCCAGCUGGAUCUGAUGUCAUCAUCUCAGGAUGGGGACUCCCAGAAACCUAUGCCAAGGACAUUCCAAUUAAAUUGAAGUACAACACCGUUAAGGCCAUCAGCUCAUUGAAGUGUUUGACUAAAAUCGGUAUAUUUUCGGAACAAAUUUUGUGCUUGUCUCAUGAAGCCAACAAUGGUGCAUGCAGUGGUGAUUCCGGUGGUCCAGCUGCAUACAAUGGCAGGUUAGUUGGUGUUGCUGGAUUCGUUGUUCCAAGUUGCGGUACCACAAACCCUGACGGUUACGCUAAUGUUGCUUUCCAUAUUGAUUGGAUUAACUCAAUCAUUGCUUAAGUUAAUUCUAAUCAAUAAUUAAUAUUGUUGUGAUAAAUUAUCAAACAAAAAGCGAAUAUACAAAUAAAAUAUUUAUAUUUUAUAAUUACACAAAGAAAAA